AUUACAGUUCAAUGUAGUGCACUCGACCCGGGGAGUGGGGGAGGGUGGAGUUGUAGCCCAUAGAUGUCUAUGUUGUAGCCAUUUUGUUCGUCUACUUUGAAAAUGGGACAGGGAAGAGAAGAAGUCAUAGAAGGAGUCCACAAAGAUCGGUUUCCGGGGCACGGAGUGGAGGAGCAUGCACUUCCCGUCUAAUGGGACCCAGAUUGGUCUCCAGAACUACUUGGUUAGCUACCAAUACGUAUAGCCGGCUCAAAUGGAAAACUAUAACGUUUCUGUUUUAGAGCAGGCUCAUAUCGAGUUUAAUAAAAACUGCUUUAAUAAGGCGGAGGAUUUGUAUACAAACUUCAUCACAUCUUUUCAACCAAGAACACGUGACGCACACGACCUUGCUAUUGCCUUUAACAACCGUGGACAAAUAAAGUACAAGAGGGUUGAUUUCUACGAAGCAAUGGAGGACUACACACUCGCUAUUCGGGCGAAGAGCAGUUUCGAAGUUCCGUUCUACAACAGAGGCCUUAUUCGUUACAGGCUAGGAUUCUUUCAAGAAGCAGAGGAAGACUUCCGAAAGGCUUUGGAACUAAAUCCUACUUUCGAAGAUGCAAAACUCAGUUUAAAGCAGACCAUAAUUGACAGAGAACAUAGGAUAAGCAGGGGGUAUUGAAGUACAAAGACAUCAGCCAUGAUUUGGGGUACAUACUCAAUGAACACAGAUAUGUGUCCUUCAUCAACACGACAUGAAAAAAAUCAAAGCAUAAAUUAGUUGAAUUUGAUUGCCUAGGUGUCUGAAGCACCAGUCCUUGGUGCAGCGACAUUCCAGAUUCAUGCUCAUAAUGCACUGUGCCAGUAGUGACUGAGUUCCAGAAUGUGAAAACUGAAUAGGCAUUCCACGAGGAAGAAGGAUCCAAUUUGGCUGGAUUUUCCAUCUUUGAGCAAACUCACUUCACUUUGGAAAGUUUAUUGUAGGUCCCUAGUCAACGUUAGUCCAGCACAAUGUGUGCACAGCUUAGCUGUUGGAAUGCAGUGUCCUUCCAUGAUGCAAAGGUUAUUGUAGAACUGCACUCUUGUGAAGUUAAAGUGAUGGGACAGAUCUACAAAUACAACUGACCAUUAUACUUUCUAGGAAUAAAAGGUAUAUGCAUCCUA